UCCAUCUCGACGGUACGACCUCUGAACGACAUGGAUAAGCUUGAGAGUCUUCCCUCUAUCGCAAGGCUCAGCGAGCGCGUCGUCCGGGUACUCGGUCAAGUAAACCCAGGCAAAUUCACUCUGCAAGGCACAAAUACCUACCUAAUCGGCACAGCCAACCCCUACAUACUCCUCGAUACCGGCGAGGGCCUUGAGGAGUACAUAACCGUGCUCGAGUCUGCACUGAAGCAGGAAGCGCAAAUUGCAAACCCAAAUAAGCCCGACGUCUCCGACAUAAUUAUCUCCCAUUGGCACCAUGACCAUGUCGGCGGUCUGCCCUCCGUACUCGCGCUUCUGCGUAAUCUCUGGAACGAAAGGAACCCGUCUCUCCCUUUCGUCCCUCCCCGCCUGCACAAGUACCCCCUCGACGCGAAGUCUGGCGUGCCUUCGAGCUUCUCCUCCCACUUAAAGCUUCCUUCCAUCCUCGCUUCGCUGCCAACCGACUCGUAUACUCCGUCUCUUACCGGAGCGCAUCUUCACGACCUUUCCGACGGCCAGACCCUCACCACCGCCGACGGCUCCGCGACCCUCCAAGUCCUCCACACCCCCGGACACACUACCGACUCCAUCGCGCUCUACAUCACCCAGGACGGCGCCCUGUAUACCGCCGACUCCGUCCUCGGGCAAGGCACGGCUGUCUUCGAGGACCUCUCCGCCUACCUCGCCAGCCUGCGCAAGAUGCUCGAUUUCUGCGCCGCUGGAGAUGGCGCGGCGUACACUGUCCUCUAUCCCGGCCACGGACCCGUGGUGAAGGACGGGUGCCAGACGAUCGAGACGUAUAUCAAGCAUCGGCUAGAGCGGGAGUCGCAGAUCAUCGCAGUAUUGCAGAGCGACGGGGCUCUGGCGGACGGGAACACGAUCACCACGAGGGAUAUUGUCGCGGUCAUCUACAAGGACUACCCCAAGAAUUUAUGGGAGCCCGCGGCUUAUAGCGUCAAUCUGCAUCUGCGAAAGUUGGAGGUCGAUGGCGUCGUGCGGCGAGCUGGAGAGAUCGAAGGGCUGGAAGCGAAGUGGGAGGUCAUAGGGAAGCACGCCGCUAGCCGCUAUUGAAGUAGCGUUCAAUGUACCACCAUGUAUCUGC